AAUAAAAACAGAAAACAGGGAAGGUGGGAGUGAGAGCCGGCGGUGGCGAAUGACAGAGAAAAGGGAACCCUGCCAAAUGAAAACAGAAGAAUUAGGCGCGGUGUCCACGCUGUUAUUUCCGUUUCCAGCUACCCAUAACAACAUAUCCGCUCCACCCGACAGUUCCACCCUCCAAAUUUAGAAACAACACCGAAACACGAAAGCAAUGGACCGAGAGAAACCCCAUUUUUUCUCUCCUCUCUCUCUCUCUUUCUUUCAUCGCAUUCCCUCCUGCCAUUUUCCAAAACCAAAAUUAAGAAAUGACUGUAAUUGACAUCCUCUUCCGAGUCGAUGAAAUCUGUAAGAAAUAUGAAAAGUACGAUCCCGAGAAGCACUGCGAAGUCAAUGCCUUUGGCGACGACUCCUUCGCUCGCCUCUAUGCUCUCGUCGAAGCCGACAUUGAUAAAGCUCUCCAUAAAUCUGAGAUGGUAUCGAUGGAGAAAAAUAGAGCAGCGGCGGUGGCAAUGAGCGCUGAAAUUCGUCGACUCAAGGCUCGAUUGAUGGAGGAAGUUCCUAAGCUACAAAAAUUGGCUAAAAAGAAGGUCAAGGGAAUUUCAAAAGAAGAUCAAGAAACUCGUUUUGAUCUGGUUCUUGCGCUACCCGAGAGGAUUAAAGCCAUUUCAGAUGGGUCUACAACUGCUGCAAAUCAGACUGCUGGAUGGGGAACUUCAUCAUCUCGCAAAAAUAUCAAAUUUGACUCAUCAGAGGAGCGCUUUGAUAGUGAUUUUUCUCAACAAACUGAAGAGUCAAAUCAGUUUAGACAAGAAUAUGAAAUGAGAAAAAUGAAACAGGAUGAAGGUCUUGAUAUUAUAUCAGAAGGUUUGAAUGCACUGAAAAAUAUAGCUCGUGACAUGAAUGAGGAAUUAGAUAGACAAGUUCCUCUAAUGGAUGAAAUUGAUACAAAGGUGGACAAGGCAACAUCUGAUAUUAAAAGAACUAAUGUUAGACUCAAGAAAACUGUUACUGAGAUAAGAUCCAGCCGAAACUUCUGCAUUGACAUUAUUCUGCUGUGUGUAAUUCUAGGAAUUGCUUCCUCUUUAUACAAUUUCAAGUCAGAAAGCUGACAAAUAUACCACUACUUACAUUCUUCGCC